GUUUCAUGUCGAAUAAACAGGAUAUUUAUAGGCAAAGAAUGUAACAUUCAGUUAGCUCACUGUUUGAUCAAUAACGUGGGUUCAGCUUUCCAAAAGAGCGACUCAUAGUUUGAUUGGAAGGAGGCUCAUCAAAAUGAAGAGGACUAAUGAUAUUGACAGCAUUAAAUCUGAACUGGAGCAAGAGAAAAAGUACAGGGACUCUAUGGUGAACAGCAAUAGAGAACUAGAAGCAAAUAUACACAGAAUGGAGAAAGAAUUACAAAGGUUGAAAAAAGAAGACCCAUCGUCAAUUCAAGUUUUGAAUUCAUCACACUCUACAGUAACCCAAGAGGGAUUUCAGGCAUUCCAAGCUCAACUCAAUGCCAACAUGAAACUAGAAAAGGACAUAGCUCUUGAACGUGAGCGAUUGAGAAUUCUGACUGAUUCAGAAACAGAUAUUACAGAGCUGAACUUGGACGGACUUACUCAGGCUGAGUUGAUACGUGUGGUGAAGCAACUGGAGAGAAUGAAAACUGAUCUACAGAGCAGUUUAAGGGACACAGAACAUAAUUUGGAUUCGCAAGCAAGGGAAUACUUCCGUUUGAAUGAAACAAGGCGUCUUUAUCAAGCAGAACUCGAUCUAAGACAAAAAAGCAAAGGAGGGAGGAAAUUUCCACGUUCAUCUGAAAGUAUGACUCAACUUUCAUCAUCCUAAGUCUUUCACCACCAUAAACUUGGAGUCUCAAGGGAUGAUAAUUUUAUUGUUGAAAAUUGGAAUCUUUCAAUUCAAUCUAUAGCCAACAAUUUUUCAACAUGAAAAUAUUAUAUCAUACAAAUAGAGGAAUGUUACGUGCUACUGUUUAUUGAAUCUAUUAUAGAGCUGAAAUGUAAACGUAAAGAUUUUAUAUUUUUUAUAUCUGUACUUAUUUUCAAGUUUAUUUUUCAAUUAAAUAAUGUAUAUCAAGAUAAAAUGGAGAAGAAACUCAGAUAAUAACUAGAUAGGAAGAGCAUGCAUGCGUGUUCUAAAAAUUAUUCUGUGCCUUGGAAUUUGAAUAUGAUGUUAGAAAAUGGAAAUAUGCUAUUUCUUGUAAUUGGGAUUUGGAAGUCUUCUACUACAAUAAAAUAAAAAUUAAGUAAUUGAUACCUAUAUUUUAUCUAUGCUACUACUUAAUCUUAUACAUUACAAUAUAAUGACUUCAAUUGAUGACAGCUGAGGUCUCUAUAAAUUACCAUAUAAAGUGUAAAA